AGCAGCCAUGAAUUACUUGCAGCAGCAGGUCUCUCUCUCAUGGCCAUCUCCAAAAUCCUACUCUCUCUCUCUUCCACCCCACCCCCAACAAUCCCAAAAUCUCACGCACCGCCCACCUGCCCCCUCUUCCUUGAACCCAUCUCAUUUGAUACUACUAGGAUUCUUGUCUCCAGGAGAACUUUGAUCCACACAGCUUUUACAACUUGUUCACUCGUAACCUUAUCUUCUGCUGUUGCGCUAGCUGAAGAAAUAUCCCCACCCCCACCACCAUCAUCGUCAUCGAGUUCGUCAAAGUCUUUUCUCUCGGGCAUUGCCAAUACCAAGUCUUGGUUCCAGUUCUAUGGCGAUGGCUUUGCGAUUCGUGUGCCGCCCAACUUUGAGGACAUCAUGGAACCUGAGGACUACAAUGCUGGAUUAUCUCUCUAUGGAGAUAAAGCUAAACCAAAGACUUAUGCUGCACGCUUCGCAUCUCCUGAUGGAUCUGAAGUUCUAAGUGUUGUCGUUCGGCCGUCUAACCAACUUAAGAUCACAUUCUUAGAGGCCAAAGACAUUGCUGAUUUUGGUUCACUGAAGCAGGCUGCUCGAAUAUUUGUUCCAGGUGGCGCGACUUUGUAUUCUGCCCGCACAUUCAAAAUUAAGGAAGAGGAAGGUUACAGGAAUUAUUACUUUUACGAGUUUGGUAGAGAUGAACAACAUGUUGCACUAGUAGCUGCUGUUAAUAGUGGAAAGGCAAUUAUUGCUGGAGCUACGGCACCCCAGAAUAAAUGGGAUGAUGAUGGUGUGCGGCUCCGCUCUGCUGCUGUCUCAUUGACACUUCUGUAAUGCAUAUGUCUGUAAAUUCGCUAAACUGAUGUUGCAAAGUAUUGAUCCACCAUCUUGGAGCUGAGUUGGGAGCAAAUCCUGCAUUACAGGUGCUCGAUUCAUUUGAGGGUUAUCUUUGCCUCUGAUUCCAGGACUAAUAGUUACAAAGAAUCUUGGUGCAAGAUUGAUGAGAAAGAGCAGAUCAGCUCAUAAGUAUAGCCUGCUGCUAUAGGUUAAACAUGUAUGGUACCUGAUGUUGAAGAUCCUUAAUUAUGAAAGUACAUCUACUACCGAUCCAUUGUUCUCAA